AUGAAAAUGUUACAUAAUUGGGAUAUCAAAUCAUUUUAGGAAUAGAUGGAUCCUUUAAAAAAUUAAAUGAUUCCUACUUCUCUAAUUAAUUUAUAAGCGAAAAUUACAAACUUGAAUCAGAUUAUUCUCUUGCUAAUUGUUUUAUGUAUUUAACUUUACCAACACCGAAAAUUUUGAUUUCUUGAGUUCAAUACAAGAGAAUCAAACAAAUAAUUCAUUCAGUUACAGCAUUCAACCAAGUAUUAAUAAUAGAUAAUAUAAUUUAGGAGGAGGUGGAAGCCAUAACAGUUUUUUUUUAAUAGUGUAAUAAAUUUCAACAACUUACUCGCCCCUUUAGUUUUAGAAACUAUCCAUCAAAUAAUUUGAAUUUUUUCCUUAGAAAGAAGCAAAGAUUAUUAUAUCUUAUUAAUAAGGAGAUUAUAUUUUUCAAAUAUUGGAGUACAUCCUAUAUUUGUUGAUAAGGAAUUUGAUAAAAUUUAAAUAUUGA